GCCGGAACGGCAGCGAUGAACGCCGGGGAGGCGCCUGACCUCCAGGCGCAGCUGGCCGCGGCCGUGCACGCGCUCAACCACGGCGCCCACCCUUCCGCACGCCUCGCCGCCAACCAGUGGCUCCUCGGCCUGCAACGCUCGCCGCAGGCGUGGGCGCUGGCGGCCUCGCUGCUCGCCUCCGGGGAUUACCCGGCCCCUUCCCCCGACCUACUCUUCUUCGCAGCCCAGAUGCUCCGCCGGAAGAUCCAGUCACCUGGCGCACCGCUCCCGGAUCCCGCAGGGCAGCUCCUCGACGCGCUCCUAGUCGCGGCACGCCGGUUCUGCCUCGGGCCUCCGCGGCUGCUCACGCAGAUCUGCCUCGCCCUUGCGGCGCUCGCGAUCCGCGCCGAGGGAGGGGUAGAUGGCCUUUUCGCGCGAAUGCCACACUUACCUGACCCCGCCUUGCUGGAGCUGCUCACCGUGCUCCCCGAGGAGGUGGCGCAGGAUCAGAGCGGCGACACGGGGGUCGACUCCGCCUCGCGGUGUAGGUACACGCGCGAGCUUCUCGCGCACGCGCCCGCCGUGCUUGACUUCCUGCUCGCCCAGUCUGAGAAGCCGGACGCCGCCCACGAGCCAAGCCGAAGAAUCCUGCGAUGCCUACUGAGCUGGGUCCGCGUGGGAUGCUUUUCAGGAACGCCUGCGGCCGCGCUUGCCGUGCAUCCACUUCUCACGUUCGCGUUCAACUCCCUGCAGGCGCCCUUCUCGUUUGACGUGGCCAUUGAGGUUAUGACGGAGCUUCUCAGCCAGUAUCAAGAUUUACCUCAGGCUUUUCUAAGCAAGAUUCCAUACAUCAGAGAAGUUCUUCUUUUACCAGCUCUAGCCAACAGAAGCGAGAAAAUUGUAGCUGGUAUUGCUAGUUUGAUGUGUGAAGUUGGUCAGGCAGCACCUGGUUUGGUUGCAGAAGGGAGCAAUCAAGCACUUGCCCUUUCCGAUGCAAUUUUGAGAUGUGUAGCUUUUUCUAGUGAAGACUGGGGGAUUGCAGAUUCCACUUUGCAAUUUUGGUGCAGUUUGGCACAUUUUAUUCUUGGUAUUGAUGUGCAAUCAGCUGAAAGGAAUGCCACACAAGAGACGUUUCUCCCUGUGUUUUCUUCACUGCUAGAUGCUCUUCUUUUUCGUGCUCAGAUUAUUGACACUGAUGAGCAUGUCACUGAUGGAGUAUGUUCGCUACCCGAUGGGCUAGCACAAUUCAGACUGAAUUUGGAGGAGCUUCUUGUUGAUGUGUGUUUGCUUUUAGGUGCCCCUGCAUAUAUUAAUAAGCUUUUUUCUGGUGGAUGGGGUUUCGUUAGCCAAUCAAUACCUUGGAAAGAGGUAGAAGUUAGAAUGUACGCACUUAGCAUGGUUGCUGACACGAUUUUACAAGAUGGAAGUCCCUUCGAUUUUUCGAUCAUAAUGCAUUUUGUGAAUAUUCUAUCCAGCGGGACACUGGCUGAACUGCAUGGCUGCCAGUUCGUUGUAUACAAAUCUUUCGGUGACGUCAUUGGUUCUUAUUCAAAAUGGUUAUCGUCUUCCCAAAGUAAUAUUAAGCCAUUACUCCUAUUCUGUGCUUCAGGGAUUUCAAAAUCCUUAUCGUCAAAUUCUUGCUCCUUAGCGUUGCGGAAACUUUGUGAGGAUGCUACAACAUUCAUCCAUGAUCCUCAGAAUCUAGAGAUUCUUUUCUGGAUUAGUGAGGGUAUGGAUGAGGGGAAUCUACGGAUAGAGGAUGAGGAAGAGAUAGUUAGUGCAAUUACACAUGCUCUAUGUUCUAUUCUUGACAAAGAGCCAAGGAAAAAUUCGCUGGCCAGGCUGCUUUAUUCAAGCUACUCAGCAGUCGAAAAGAUUAUUGACAUAGACAGAGAUUAUUUGCUCGGGCACAACCCUGGUGCUUACACAAAAGCCAUGAAUAUUGCAGUUCGUGGACUUCACAGAAUGGGUGCUUUGUUCAGUCACCUGACAGCGUCAGUUACAUCUGGUCUGAUUGAUGAUGAUAUAAUUUUGGUUCUUCUGGGUAUAUUCUGGCCGCUCCUUGAAAAGCUUUCUCAGUCAUCUCAUAUGGAGAAUACUAGUUUAUCUGCAGCUGCAUGUCGUUCUCUUUCUUCGGCCAUACAUUCUUGUGGGCAGCAUUUCCAAAUUUUGUUACCUAAAAUUCUGGAAUGCUUAUCGACAAAUUUCUUACUGUAUCAAAGGCAUGACUGCUUUUUAAGAACAGCUGCCAACGUAAUUGAGGAAUUUGGCCACAAGGAAGAAUAUAGCGCUGCAUGUGUCAGAACUUUUGAAACGUUCAGCUCUGCAGCCUCACUAUCAAAUUUGAAUUCUUCUUACACAUGUGACCAAGAACCCGACCUGGUUGAAGCCUAUGCAAACUUCACAUCUGCAUUUAUCCGCUGCUGUCCAAAGGAAGCUGUCAUAGCAUCGGGUUCACUGCUUGAGUCGUCAUUCCAAAAGGCAGCUAUAUGCUCUACAGCAAUGCACCGAGGGGCAGCAAUUGCUGCGAUGUCAUAUAUGUCAUGUUUUCUUGACGUUAGCCUCACUGCUGUCCUGGAGUCUCCAGAAUGCCUCGAUGGAUCACGUGGUGUGGUGCUCCUUCAAAUUUUGGCACGCUGUGGUGAAGGUCUUAUGUCUAAUGUACUUUAUGCUCUACUUGGUGUAUCAGCCUUAUCAAGGGUGCAUAAAUCUGCAACAAUGUUGCAGCAAUUGGCAGCAUUAUGCAGCCUCUGCGAGAGAACAAUGUGGAAGGCUAUUCUUUGUUGGGAUUCCAUCUGUAGGUGGCUGCAAUCAACGGUGAAAUCUUUACCCUCGGAGUACCUAAGGCAAGGGGAAGCUGAGAUGAUAAUUCCAUUAUGGCUCAAGGUGCUUCAGGAUGCAGCCUCAGACUAUCUUCACAGCAGAACUGGGGAUAAUGGCAGAAACCAUCCUGAUUACAUGCAAGGAAAAGGUGGAAGGACCCUUAAACGCAUAAUUCGAGACUUUGCAGAAAGCCACCGAAAUGUCCCAACCCCCUGUCCUUCUUGAUACCGGACGGAACUGCCUUGAACUGCCCUGUUGCACCAUUCCCGUCUGGAAUACAUGAGCUAAAGAGGGUCCGAGCUUGCAUGUGGAUCUUGACAGCUCGCAUUGGGGGCUCAGGUUCGAUCCCAAGGUUUUGAUUCAGGAUGAUAUGUGUUUCUUCAGAUGUGAAGACCAAGCUAGGAGCUGUGACCUGCUUCCUGCACCAACAUACUGAAGAAAAACGAGAGGUGGCCAACCAAGAGAGGUUGCUCUGCUGACUAUUUUUGAGUAAUCCAGUAGCCUCAUGCAACCAAGUGCUGAUGGCCUUUCCAAAGAAAUUGUAGCGAGAUGUAUGGUUUCUGGGUGGGCUAUUGCAGCACUUGUUAUGCUGGGAAGCCGGCAAAGAAGCAAGUGGAGAAGGUAUAUGUGAUAGUUGUGCAUAUUAUUCUUUUACAAUUGGUUUUCUGUACAAAACAUUAUGUGCCUUUUCUUUUCAAGAUACAAGGACUGAGGUUUAUCCCUUGACAAUUCUGAGAUUAAGGUAGAAAUGAGACUCAAACCUGAGUGUGAGGUUCACAUCCAUGUGUGCAAACUACUACACCCAUAGUAGUUCUUCAAACAUUCAUGGAUGAGUAUUUCAUCUCAAAUUUUGAGUUUUAAUGGGAAAAGUGGGCAUUUGAUCGAAUCA